AUGUCACGGAUGGAUAGUUAUAGCUCAUCAAUACGAGAAGAACAAAAAGCGAUACUCAACGGUCUUUUAGGUAUUCUUUUUGCCGAUGGUUAGUCGGAUUUUUUUUUCAAAAAAGAUUUAAUUAUAAAUUUUCUGACUAAUAAACUUCAAACAAAUGUUUUCAGGCAUCAUUUAUGACAACUAUGAUACAACUCGAAAAAUUCAACAAUCCGUUGAGGGGAUUUACAGGUAAAUGGGACAGUCCCAAUGGGACUACAAAAAACACCCACAAAAUAAACUAACCUCAUUGUUUUUGCAGAAUGGUUUUCGCCUUAUUGCUAAUUGUGAUUGCUCUAAUUAUUGUUGCCAUUUUUGUAUUAUGUUUUUUCCAUUGUCGACGAAUUCACGAUGAACGACAAUCACCUUUGCACACUUCAUCGAAUCGAAAAAAUCAUCCAAUUGAAAUCUGA